AUGUCAGCCCAGGAACAUUUUAAUGCCAUGAUAUUUGGAGAACCUGUUGUGGCUGUAAUGGAGAAGCUAUGGCAUGUAUUCACGAAUUUUGGCAUUAAAAAAACACAUAGUAAAAAAAUAUUACUUGCUGUUGGUGGAUGGAACUUUGGUUCAGCUGAUUUUUCUCAUAUGGUGAAAAAUGAACAAUUACGAAAAGAUUUUGUUCAGCAAGCAACAUUAUUUAUACGUGAUCAUCAAUUCGAUGGUCUUGAUCUUGAUUGGGAAUAUCCUGCAAAUCGACAAGGUAGUCGACCACAAGAUAAACAAUUAUUCACUAGUUUAAUCAAAGAAUUAAAAGUGGCUUUUGAACCUUAUAAUUUGUUAUUAACAGCAGUUGUUGCUGCUGAAAAGUCAACUAUUGAAACUGCUUAUGAAAUAGAUAAAAUAGCUAAGUAUAUUGAUUUUAUUAAUUUAAUGACGUAUGAUUUUCAUGCGGGUGAAUCGAAAAAUAUGACUAGUCAUCAUACUGCUUUAUAUGAACAUCCACAAGAAGAUCAAUAUCAAAUAACACUUAAUCAAAAUUGGUCGAUUAAUUAUUGGAUAAAACAAGGAAUGCCAAAAGAAAAAAUCACUAUGGGUUUAGCGACAUAUGGACGAACAUUUAAAUUGUUGAAUAAUUCAGAUAGAGGAAAUCGUCUAUUAAGUUCAGGUCCAGGUGAACCUGAAAAAUAUACAAAAGAAUAUGGAUUUAUUGCUUAUUAUGAGGUUAAACUAUAA